CAACACUUAUCAGUCAUAACCCCAAUCUUGCGCUGUUUGCGAGCUUUAGGUUCUCGAUUGCUGUAGGUCUCACUCUUGGAGGACGCUCGCAACGUGGAAAACUUAAACAACGGGGAAAAGUCGUUAAACAUACACGGGAUGGCUGAGGCUCAGGUCGCUGAGCGGCCUGCUGCCUUUGCCUUUGACUCGCCACCGCUCGUCACGCCACAGCCCGUGUUCUUGCAGCCACACUAUGCGGUGCGGUUAUGUAUCGAUGAGCCCAUGAUUGGCUUGCCGGACACGGGCCGGUUAGCAGCGCUGUGUUUCGUCGCUGACACGCUUAUAGAACGUGUGCACAAAGUGCCGCGGUCAGCGUCGGCCUUUGAUGUGGGCAUACUCCAGGAGAUUGAGGCGCUGUGCCACCAGGUGGCCCCGAAGAAGCACGCGCAGACCACGAUGGCGGACCUCGGGCUGCUGGAGCUGUUUCCCUACCUGGCCAUGGGGCUGAGCGGCGACAAGCUGGACACGGUGCAGCACAACCCGGGCGCGGCCUACUUCAACUACAUCUCACUGCUGAACCAGGUGGUGAUGAUGGGCACGCAGCUCUACCACGACGCCUGCAUGCCGCAGCACCACAAAUAUGCGGCGCACCAGAUCGCGCUGCUCUACCAAUGCCUCAACAUGCUGCAGGGCGACACCAAGCCCAUCCGGCGGGUGGUGGAGGCGCGCUUCGACGAGAUCAAGUCCAUCACCGAGAGCCGCGACCCCUACCUGCCCGUGGAGCUGUCGGCGUGGAUCCAGGAGGUCACGUGGCUGUGCCGGGAGGAGAUCCAGGCCUGCCCUCCCUAUGUGCACAAGCGCAUCGAGACGCUCAUGCGGGCGGCGCGUGGGGACGGCGGCAGCGGCGCCGCGGCGGCGGGAGGGCCGGGAGCAGGCGGGCCGCCGGGGGCGGCGGGCAACGGCACCAGCUGACAGGCAUGAGAGGGUGAUGCUGGGUGCUGUGUGGGGAGGUUGGCGGAAGGUGUGGAGUGCGAGGCUUACGGUGGAGCAAUGGGAUUGGGGCGGGGGGUGCUCCCUUGCGGUCCCGCGUAGCGGCGCAUGAGCGGGUGCCGCUGCCUGCUUCCACAUGAGUGGCUUGUGAGGUGGGAACGCACUUUGCAUCGGGGCCUUUGUGGACUGGCGAACUCGGGACUUCAGAGCCAAGGCGGCGCUCGCACGAGCCGGACGAUAGGCAGGAAGACGCAGACAGGGCGCCCCUGGAGCCAGGGCGCAGACGUGCGGGUUGCGCGCCGGUACAUGCAGAGGGCGGGGGCGCCCCGUCGAGAGGUGCACCUCGCCGCACUUGGCUGGUCAGUGGGCCCGUGGGGGUGGCCUUGUGGUGCUGGUGAAGGAAUGCCUUGUGGUGUUGGCGCUGAUAGGCAGAGCGGGAAGGCUACAUGAUGGGGCGUAGUCGCGUAGGUGACCGGAGGGCGGCGCCGCACACGGUGCGUGUGUGUGCGCAGGAGCAGGGCGAGGCGUCAACUGCGUGUCUUAUUUACGGCAUGCGACCAGCUUCCGGAGCGAUGUGUGCAUGGCGGCCGUUGCCGCGCUGUUGUAAGCAACCGCGCGU